GCUGUGACUCGCAGUGACGUUUAGUCAUGCGUUUAGUAUUUGACAGUUCGAUAAAAAUGCGGAAACUGUGUGUCAUAAUAAUAAUUUGUGUGAUGUUGGUGCUUAUCGCGACUGAUUCGUCCGCCUAUCGUACAAGCUAUCCGAUGGAAAGUGAAGAUAUUUGCAACCCUCUGGGCAAGACAAAAACUAAUAAAUUACCUAACAGUGACGAUUCAGCUGUAAUCAUUAAACCUGACCACAUGUUCGAUCGAUGGGCAGAGAUCACGUUCGAUAAAACAUGUAAAUUUGUUUUCAAAACUGCAAACCGUCAUAUAGGCUUGUUUGCCGUUGUACAGGAAAUGUCGUUUCGAACCAACGGAACUAACCCAAUCGAUGGAACAAAGAAUUGCAUAGAUUACAUUCAGUUCGAGGAAGCGGGUGGAAGAAGCCGUAAGUUUUGCGGUACAUUUAAUUGGAGAGAUAGAAGUUCCCACAAAAGUGGGGAAACACCAAAUUCCGCAUCAUUGGAAAAAUUGGAAUUUAAAAGUCCCAAGGGAAUACUGGAGACUCAUAUAUUCGUCUCCAAAGAAAGAUUACUGCCCGGCGAAUAUCUGGAUAUUAGCAUCGCCUACACGCCUUACAAAGAAUGCAACAAAGUUAACGAUCCAAGUAAAUAUCCACCAAAUACCAACAACACGUGCAUAUGGGGAGGUUAUUACUGCGAUGGUAAUAAAAAUUGUGCCUUUGACAAUUGCCUGGAUGAGGCUGGUUGUGAAACCCCUGCCGAAGGCACCUCUGGUGCAAAGGUGACCAUGGGUGCCGUGGGCACGAUCAUUUUUGCCUUCUUAUUAUUUCUCACGUGUUUGUGGGCUUGUCGAAAGAAUAAAAAAUUGUGUUGGUCUCCUGACUGUGCUGGACCAAACAUUGACAGGGCAAAUUCUCAACCCUUAGACUUGAGAAUACAGGAUGUCAACAGUCAGUCGAAUGUUCCCAGUGCGCCAAUAUUACAUGAACCAACGACGCGACCUGUUCAGGACAAGGAUUUACCUCCAAGUUACGAUUCACUCUUUCCUGAUCCAACUGUAGCUGGAACUACUACGUAAUUUUUUUUAUCUGCGUAAGAAAGUGAAACUUUUAUUUACAUUUGUAGACAUCUGUUCAUAUCGUCAGAGCAACUGACUAUUAGACAAGUAUGGAAGCGGAAAAUUAACGUGAAUAUCUCAGUCGGAAUUUCGUGCCAAA